AUGGAACUUUUUUCACUUUCGGGACAAACAGCCGUGAUCACCGGCGCCGCUCGAGGCUUAGGGUUGGCUUUCGCAGAGGCACUCGCAGCGGCAAGCUGCAACAUUGCCGUCCUUGACAUUCUUCCCGAGCCAUCACCUGCAUUGCUCGAACUCCACGCGAAACACGAUGUGAGGGUCGAAUAUUACCGAGUCGACAUCACUUCUCGAACGGCAGUCCAGGAGACCAUUGAGCAGAUCGAGUCUCAAUUUCCAUCCAUCGACAUCAAUGUUAAUGCCGCGGGUGUCGUGACCGACGAGACCUUUCUUACAACGACGGAUAAGAAUAUUGAGCGGACUUUUGCAGUUAACUUCAUGGGCUCAUUCCUAGUUGCGCAAGCAUGUGCAAACAGCAUGGUCAGACGACUCACUAAAGCUUCACCUACCGAUGAGGCUGGAAAGCCUACUUCAGGGAUCGACCCUUCCAAAUCCGGCGGCAGUAUCGUCUUCAUCGGCAGCAUAGCCACACACAUCGCCAGCACGGCACAAAACAUUAGUGCGUAUGUCGCGUCCAAAGGUGCAGUACGCAGUCUGGUCAAGCCUCUCGCAAUGGAGCUUGCGCCGUAUGGCAUCCGUGUCAACAGCCUGAGCCCCGGCUACAUGAUGACCGACAUGAUGCGAGGUUUGCAAAGCCAGCAGCCGGCGCUAGUAGGCCAGUUCGAGAAGGAGACGCUUUUUGGGCGUAUCGGAAAUCCUGAAGAGGUUAAAGGCGCUUUACUGUUCUUAUGUGCUAGAGGCGCUGCUGGCUGGGUGACGGGGCAGGAUAUCUUGGUUGAUGGAGGAGCGAGUUCGUGGAAACAUCAAGCUGUAUUGUCGUGA